AUGCUCGGAUAUAACAUUAAUAAUGUAGUAGAUAUAAUAUUAUCUAUCUGGACAGUUUUUGCACUUCUUUUUGGAUAUAUUAUCUACAAAUGGAGCACUGCAACUUACGACACUUUUGCAAAAAGAGGAGUCAAGUUCAUACCGCCUGUACCACUUUUUGGAAACUUUUUCCACGUAAUUUUUAAAACAAAAAACUUUUCAGAUGUGGCUCGUGAUCUUUAUAACUACUAUCCAAAAGAAAAAUUCUUUGGAAUAUUUGAGAUGAGAAGUCCACUCUUCUUGAUCAAAGAUCCUGAAUUAAUCAAACAAAUGGCAGUGAAAGAUUUUGAUCAUUUUCUUAACCAUCGAAUUAAUUUGGAUGAAACUCAUGAUCCAUUAUUGGGAAGAAGCUUACUUUUUCUCAAAGGACAACGGUGGAAGGACAUGAGAUCGACACUUGGACCAGCAUUUACCAGUAGCAAGAUGAGAACCAUGUUUCAGCUGAUUUCUGAAUGUUCCUCUGCAACUGUGGACUUUUUGGAAAAGGAAGUAAAAGAUGGAAAACCACUUCUAACGGACAUGAAAGACCUUUUUACAAGAUUCACUACCAAUGUUAUUGCAACAUGUGCUUUUGGGAUCAAGGUGGAUUCUCUCAAUGAAAAAGAUAAUCAGCUUUACAAAUUUGGAAGGAAAAUAACCAAUUUCAGUGGUAUUCGUGGUCUCUAUUAUUUUGCAUUGUUUCACUUUCCCAUACUAUAUAAGAUAUUUGGAAUCUCUCUAUUUGAGAAAGAGUUCCAUGACUUCUUCAGGAAUCUUGUUUGGGAUACAAUUCAUCAUCGAGAACGUGAAAAUAUUUAUCGUCCGGAUAUGAUUAAUCUUCUGAUUGAAGCUCGAAAGGGGACACUUCAAAACGAAGAAGAGAGACAGGAAACUUUGAAUGAAGGAUUUGCCGUGGUGCAGGACACUAAAAUCGGAGAAGUUAUUCACGAAAGAAAUUUAGUUGAAGACGACCUAACUGCCCAGUGUUUGAAUUUCUUCCUGGCUGGUUCCGAUACGACUAGCUCCAGUUUGUGCUUUACAGCUCACGAAUUAGCAGUUAAUCCAGAAGUUCAGAAGAAACUUCUACUAGAAGUCGAUGCUACUAGAGAAAGUCUUGGCGGAAAACCAUUGACAUAUGAAGUUCUUCAAAAUAUGAAAUAUUUGGAUAUGGUAAUGUCAGAAAGUCUUCGUUAUUGGCCAGCUGGUAUUAUAACCGAUCGGAAAUGUGUAAAACCUUACACAAUAAGGACGGACGAGAUAAGCUGUGAUGUGAAUGUCGGAGAAACUAUCUUCAUUCCCAUUGUAAGCAUUCAUCAUGAUCCCCAGUACUUUCUCAAUCCAUCUCGAUUUGAUCCUGAGAGGUUUAGUGAGGAGAAUAAGCACAAGAUAAAUCCGUUCACGUAUAUCCCUUUCGGAGUUGGUCCAAGAAACUGCAUAGGAUCAAGAUUUGCGUUGAUGGAGACCAAGGCCAUUAUUUACUACAUCUUGACUAAGUUCACUUUUGAAGUAUCCGAGAAGACACAAGUUCCACUGAAAGUGAUUAAAUCGGGAUUCUUUUUGAAACCAGAGAAAGGAUUCUGGCUUUAUCUUAAAGAAUCUCCUAUAGUCGCAUUGAUAUUCUCCAAGUGGAGCGUUUUAAUAGCUGUUCUUGGGUAUUUUGUCUACAAAUGGAGCACUGCAACUUACGAUACUUUCAAAAGGAGGAACCUCAAGUUCAUUCCGCCAGUACCACUCUUAGGGAACUUUAGGCAUAUGGUUCUACAAACGAAAUCUUUUUCAGAUGCUAUUUCUGAGAUGUAUAAUUAUUUUCCUACCGAAAAGUUUUAUGGUAUCUUUGAGUUUCGAAGACCGCUUUUCUUAGUUCGAGAUCCUGAAUUAAUCAAACAAAUAGCAGUGAAAGAUUUUGAUCAUUUUCUUGAUCAUCGCCUGAACUUGGACGAAACUCAUGAUCCAUUAUUCGGACGGAACUUACUGUCACUCAAGGGGCAACGGUGGAAAGACAUGAGAUCAACUCUUAGUCCGGCUUUUACAGGAAGCAAGAUGAGAACUAUGUUUCAACUGGUUUCUGAAUGUUCUUCCGCAACCGUGGACUUUUUGGAAAAGGAUGUCAAAAAUGGCAAACCAAUCUUAAUGGAAAUGAAGGAUCUCUUUACAAGAUUCACCAAUGAUGUUAUUGCAACGUGUGCUUUUGGGAUUAAGGUUGAUUCUUUUCAUGAGAAAAAUAAUCAGUUUUACGAAUUUGGAAAGAAAGCAUCAGAUUUUAGUGGAAUCCGUAGUUUAUAUUUCUUCAUGUUGCUUCAGUUUCCCACAAUAUCCAAGGCUUUAGGAAUUUCUUUGUUUACUAAAGAAUUUAGUUCAUUCUUCAGAAAUCUUGUUUGGGAUACAAUUCAUCACCGAGAACGUGAAAACAUUUAUCGUCCCGAUAUGAUUAAUCUUUUAAUUCAAGCUCGAAAGGGUAAACUUCAUCAUGAAGAAGAAGGACAAGAGAGUUUAAGUGAAGGAUUUGCCGUUGUUCAGGAAACCAAAAUCGGAGAAGCUAUUCAUCAAAGCAAAUUCGUAGACGAUGAUUUAACUGCCCAGUGUUUGAUUUUCUUCCUGGCUGGUUUCGAUACUAGUAGUACUUGCAUGUGCUUUACAGCACAUGAAUUAGCAGUUAAUCCAGAAGUCCAGAAGAAACUUCUACUAGAAGUCGAUGCUACUAGAGAAAGUCUUGGCGGAAAACCAUUGACAUACGAAGCUCUUCAGAAAAUGACAUAUCUGGAUAUGGUUAUUUCAGAAAGUCUUCGUUAUUGGCCGCCUGGUGUUGCAACGGAUCGGAAAUGUGUGAAACCUUACAGAAUUAAGACAGACGAGAUAAGCUGUGACGUGAAAGUCGGGGAAGCUAUCUUGAUUCCGAUUGUAAGCCUACAUCAUGAUCCGAAAUACUUUCCCAAUCCAUCUCGAUUUGAUCCUGAGAGGUUUAGUGAGGAGAAUAAGCACAAGAUAAAUCCGUUCGCAUAUCUUCCUUUCGGAGUUGGUCCAAGAAACUGCAUAGGAUCGAGAUUUGCGUUGAUGGAGACCAAAGCCAUCAUUUACUACAUCUUGACCAAGUUCACCUUUGAAGUAUCUGAGAAGACGCAAGUUCCGCUGAAAUUGGCCAAAGCAGGAUUUGCCUUAAAACCAGAAAAGGGUUUUUGGGUUGAUCUCAAACCCAGAAACUUGUAAUCUAUUUUUACAUAAGCGAAUUCGCAAAGUAUAAAGACAUCAAUGUAUGCAGUAUUAGUUUGCAAUAA